GCUCCGCGUCUCCGGCAGCGGCGCCUGCUGUCUCCGGUGGUGCAGUUGGGAGGGCCUUGGGAGCACCUACUGUGUGUCAGACGCGACUGGACAGGCAGCACGUCAAGCCCAAGGGACUGGGCCGGGAGGGGCAAGAGGCCUCCAGGGACUUACCUCCUUUCAGUUGCGCAGAGAACGUUGAGGGACUGCACGUCGUAUCAUCGUGGUGGUUGUCCUUGUUGUGGCGGAGUUUGGUGAAAGCUGGGAGGAGUCAGGAAGGCUUCUUGUAGGAGGUGUGGGAUUUGAGCUGAGAUUUUAAGAACGGGGGAAAGAAGGGCGUCGCAGGGAAAGGCUUGGAGGGAGGAUUAAGUGGUGUCAGUCCUUCGGAGGGCAGCUCAGGCUCCCACUGGUGACCUGUGUCCUUCAGGACUGGCUCCCCCUUUCCAUCAGACCCAGACUUCCUCAUUUGGGCCCAGGGUCAAAUUUCCUUUGUGUCUUUCCCCAUAAAAAAUGAUCGUUUCAGAACCUUCUUCAAAAGAGGAGUGCGCUGGCUAGAGUUAAAUAAUAGGCCUGUUUUUCCAUUUUGUCAGGAAAAGAAAAUAGAAUUUUCUAAUUUCUCACGUAAAUUUGCUUAGCUCUCUGGCACCUGCAGCUGUCUACAGCCAGCCAGAUGCAAGCAUUCACUGUCUGGUUCCACACCUGUGCGGGGCGCGGGGCGUUCAGAGCUGCGUGAGCUUCGGGUGUGGCCGCCAGGAACCUGCUGUGGAGGAGAAAACACACGUGUGCCCCCUGGUACCUUAGCAUCAGAUGGCCAGUUAGUUUCCUAAAGGAUCAUUUUUGGGAACCUAUUUGGUGACGUAGUUCUGUCUGCCCUGCUUGCCGUGGAAAAAAUGCAACUGCCUACCCCUUUCCCCACUUCCCCUGCUCCAGAUUUUGACAAGCCCUGUUUCCUUUCGGCUGGAAGAGGCUGCAGCAGUCCAGAUGUGCAUGGCCCAAGCAGAGGUGCUCCGGCGAGGGUGGGCUGGGCCAGAUGAGCAAACUGAGGCCCAGAGAUGGGGAGCCACUCUCCUGUGUGCGCGCAGCCGGGCUUGGUUAUGAUCCGUACAACCCCGAGCUGCCCAAGCCCCCUGUGCAGAGGGAGAAUGGAGCCCUGGGCAGAGGGGAUGAGCCCCGCUCAGACAUCCUGGAGCUGGAGCUGGUCAAUCAGGCCAUUGAGGCUGUGCGCUCGGAGGUGGAGCUCGAGCAGCGGCGGUACCAAGAGCUCCUGGAGACGGCCCGAGAGCACAGCUCUGCGGAGGCCCCCGCCGUGGCGCCCCGAGGCCCCGCCGCUUGCCCUGCCGCUGGCCUGGACGAAGAUGCCUUUCCACUGUCCUUCGAUUACAACCCUGGUGGCCGUCCUGGCCUUUUAAACCCUGAUGCCAGCUACCAGCCCACUCCUCUGGCCGCCGCCGCCGAGGCAGGCAGCAAGUACUCGCUGGCCUCUCUGGAUCGGGUGCAGGGCCAUGGCGGAGGAGGUGGCAGCACCCUGGAGUACGUCCCCAAGGCUGUGAGCCAGCCCCAGCGAUACGGCCGCCCCGUCCCCAGCAGCAAGUACGUGUUGGACGACUCCAAGCCGUCCACGGACCUGGAGUACGACCCACUGUCCAACUUCUCCGCCCGGCUGCUCAGCAGGGCCAGUUCCAAGGACGACAGGGCCCCCAAGAGGCCCAGGGGCUCCCGGGGUAGCGAACCCUACACGCCCGCCCUCAAGAAGCCCUGCGACCCCUUUGCUGGCUGCGACGCCAGGUUCUCAGACUCGGAUGAUGAUGCCGCCGCAGCUCUGCCUGACGUGCCCGUCACCACCAGUCCCCCGAGAUCCCAGGCGGGCCCCGAGAGCAAGGCCCCCGGGCAGCCAGCCUCCAGAGAGAGCCAGGAUGCUGAGGAGGGCGGCCUGCGGGAGACCAAGGAGAUGGCGGUGCAGUAUGACGUGGGGGACCUCGGGCAGUCCCCCAAGGCUCCCGGUGGGACACCCGUGGCCAAGCCCAGCUCCCCGGCCAGGGCCUCCCGGGAGCCCGGCAGCUCCAAGCAGGGAAGACCCAAGAAGAAGAAAAGUGGGGCACUGCCUGCCCCCGGCCCCAAGGACGGCAUCCAGAAGAAGGACAGGGGCAAAGACGGAGAGCACGGGAGGCCAGCCGGGAAGCCCUGUGCAGACCGGAGGGGCCCGCAGGCUGGCAGCCCCCGGCAUAAGGCCGAGCAGCCCGAAGGGACCAAGAAAAAGCCAUCUUCGGCCACCCCGGUGGCCAGCUCAGGGAAAAGCCAGCCUGACCGCGGGAGUGUCCACCAGCUGCCAAACAGGCCCGGCGGGAAGACCGUGUCGGGGAAGCUGGCUGAGCGGAAGGCCCGCUCGCUGGACGAGGGUGCCUCCCGGGAUGCCCCCAAGCUGCAGAAGCGGGCCCUGAGCCACGCAGACCUCUUUGGGGACGAGAGCGAGGACGAAGGCCCGGGUCCCGCGGCGCCCCCUGCCGCCCCGCCCCACCUCAGCUCCACCUCAGACUCCGACUCGGACUCGGACAGCAGUCUGGGCUACUCAGCCGCUCAGGGGCCGCGCAAGCGCCUCAAGGCCCCCCUGCCCGCCCGGCCUGCCCCCGCCUCCCCCUCCUCAUGCUCCUCCUCCUCCUCCUCCUCCUCGUCUGGGGUGGGCGGGGGCGUGGACUACGCUGCUCUGGAGAAGGAGGUCGACUUUGACUCCGACCCCAUGGAAGAGUGUCUGCGCAUCUUCAACGAGUCCACCAGCGUCAAGACGGAGGACAGGGGCCGGCUGGCCCGGCAGCCCCCCAAGGAAGAGAAAAUCGAAGACAAGGGGCAUUCGGGUCUGACCACUCUGUUCCCCGGGCAGAAGAGGAGAAUUUCUCAUCUCUCCAAGCAAGGCAAGGAGGCAGAGCCCGUGAGGAGAGGCCCGGCUCCCCCUGCCCGGCCUCCCACCGCCCAGGAGGUAUGCUAUCGGCGGGCCCAGCAGGCCCAGAGGGACUCUGCUCCCUGGCUCCAGGCUACCCAGCCGCCCGCUGAGAAGCCCUCCUCCAUCCAUAUCUCAGCCCCUGGCGAGAAGAGGAGGAUCGCCCACGUUCCCAACCCCCGUCUGGCUGCCGCCCCCACAGGUGCCAAGAGGGCCCUCGCCGCCAGCAGCAGCCAGCCUCCCAAUGGCCCCGAGCCGGGCAGCCAGCCCCUGAAGGCGCGCACGUUGUCGGGCAUGGCGUCCAAGACCACCACCACCGUCACCCCCAAGCGCGUUGCCCACAGCCCAUCUUUACAGAGUUUAAAGAAGCCCGUUAUCCCCAAAGAGUUUGGGGGCAAAGUCCCCACAGUCAUCCGCCAGCGGUAUCUGAACCUGUUCAUUGAGGAGUGUCUCAAGUUCUGCUCUUCAAACCAGGAAGCCAUAGAGAAGGCGCUGAACGAGGAGAAGGUGGCCUACGACCGCAGCCCCAGCAAGAACAUCUACUUGAAUGUCGCCGUGAACACCCUCAAGAAGCUGCGGGGCCUGGUCCCCAGCUCCGCGCCCGGUCUCAACAAAUCCGGUGGCCGGAGGGUCGUGUCUCAUGAGAUGGUGCUGGGCGGCAAGUUGGCCACCAAGACCAGCUUCUCGCUCAGCCGCCCGAGCAGCCCCCGGGUGGGGGAUCUGAAAGGGGCUGCCCUGUAUGGUUGCCUCAAGGAGUACCUGCUCACUGAGGACCAGCUCAAAGAGAACGGCUACCCCUUCCCGCACCCCGAGCGGCCGGGGGGCGCCGUCAUCUUCACGGCUGAGGAGAAGAGGCCCAAGGACUCGUCCUGCAGAGUCUGCUGCCGGUGCGGCGCCGAGUACCUGGUGGCCCCGUCGGGCCGCUGUGCGCGGGAGGAAGAGUGCUGCUACCACUGGGGGCGGCUCCGCCGGAACCGAGUGGCUGGCGGCUGGGAGACUCAGUACACGUGCUGCUCGGCCGCCAUUGGCUCCACCGGCUGCCAGGUCGCCAAGCAACAUGUGCAGGAUGGCCGGAAGGAAAACCUCGAAGGCUUUGUGAAGACUUUCGAUAAAGAACUUCCGGAAGAUGCUCACCCAGGGAUCUUCGCCCUCGACUGUGAAAUGUCCUACACCACGUACGGCCUGGAGCUGACGCGCGUCACGGUGGUGGACACGGACAUGCAGGUGGUUUACGACACCUUCGUCAAGCCAGACAACGAGAUCGUUGACUACAACACCAGGUUUUCAGGGGUGACCGAGGCUGACCUCGCCGACACGAGCAUCUCGCUCCGGGACGUCCAGGCCGUCCUGCUGAGCAUGUUCAGCGCCGACACCGUCCUCAUCGGACACAGCCUGGAGAGUGACCUGCUGGCCUUGAAGGUACUGCCCGCCCCUGGGCUCCGCUUGCCAAGGGUCCUGGGCCCCGGGGCCCUCGGCAGGGUGGGGGGAGGGGCAGGAGUUGGGUGGUCCGCCCCCGGGCACCUUCCUGCCCUGGCUCCCUGGGGCCCUGGCCCCUGCGGUCUCUGCCCAGCCGCCCGCCCACAGGUCAUCCACAGCACCGUGGUGGACACCUCCGUGCUCUUCCCGCACCGCCUGGGCCUCCCCUACAAGCGCUCCCUGCGGAACCUCAUGGCUGACUACCUCAGACAGAUCAUCCAGGACAACGUGGAUGGGCACAGCUCCAGCGAGGACGCCAGCGCCUGCAUGCACCUGGUGAUCUGGAAGAUCCGAGAAGACGCCAAGACCAAGCGGUGACCGCUGCCGCCUGCCCGCCUUCCCCACAGCCCCGGCCCGGCCUCUACCCCAGGCCUCUUCCAAAACAGUGCAAUAAAUCUCGAGAGCUAACCCUGUCCACGUCGCCAAGACACGGAAACAGAGAGAGCGGGACGAGCCGGCGGCACGAGAGCCCCACGCCGAGACCACCUGGAGCCCUGCCCCCCACCUGGUCCCUUGCGCCGCCCCCGCCUUCUGUCCCCUGGAGACUGCUGCUGACUCCCGGAGGAGGCCGGGACAGACACCCCCCCCCCCCCCGGCCCCCACCCUCCCCCGCCCGUGGACCCCGCUGCGUCCCUGGCAGCCAGACCUCCUGCUCCUCCUCCUGCCGGGCAGGCUUUUCGUGGGUGUGUUUGAGACAGGGGUUUUUUUUAUUUUGUAUUGUUAUUUUUAUUAUUUGUAAUUUAAACCUGACGACUCGCACAGUUGUCAUUUCCCCACCCGGAGAAGCAAGACCCUGGUGCUGCCUUUCCUGUUGGGGGUGGGGGAGGGGGAGAAGUUGGGGGCCGGGAGCCGACAAGCUGUACCCUUGGCAGCCACCAGGACCGAGAGUCCAGCCUGGCCUGGGCCAGACGGGUGGGAACUGGCCUCCGUGUUCCCACCCACCUGGACUCCGUGACCUCUGGGAACCAAGCCAGCCCCCCAGGGCCUCGCCUUCUGGACCCCUCCGGGGCCCAUCAGCCUCUGGACCCUGUCUUCCUGCCAGGGCCCCACCCUCCCCAGGGGCUGUCUGUAAAGGCCUGCAGCCUCCCUAGGGCUCUGAGCCCCUCUCCCCUAACCCGAGGCAGGGACGGAAUAAAUGUUUGUAUGGAUUUUAGCUUGCGUGGCGUCUGGUGGUGUUCUUGGUGCCAGGUGAGCCCCGCGGUCAGCACCUGUGCCCCUAACCGGGGAACCAGCACACCCUUGUUCUUCUUCCUGAGAACCAUCCCCGGUGCCUGAGCUGUCCCCAGGCCUGCCACCCUGGCCUGGGGGUGCAGACCUAGAGCCCUGGGGGACUUGGUCCCCUGGGGGUGCUGUGAUGGUGGAGGCAGUAACUAUGUCGUGAGUGGAGUCCACCUUGCUGGCCCAGGGGGGUGGGGGGCUGGGCGUGGAGGGCCCCGGGGGGACCCAGAGAGCCACUGUGCCUUGCAUGUCUGAGAAGCUUCCAUGGAAAGGGAAGGGUGGCCUGGCCGCUCACCCCCCCGUAUGCCUGUUUGCUGCUCCUAGGACAUGCUUGUGUGCACAACGUCCAGCGAUGGAAUUGGCGGCUUUGUGAAUUAUGGUGCCUCUUGGGGGUGGAAGGGCCAGGGCUGCUUGGGUCUCCACCUUUAGUUCAUUUAUAAUGGGAAGUGAAGCCAGAAAUAACCUCGUGGAGGGGCAGGUACCGGAGUGCCCUGGAUCUGGAGGCAGGAACACAGGUGCUGGAGGGAGGGCUGCCUGGAGGAGGCCCCGUCUCUGUCAAGCUUCUGUUGGAGGCCCAGAGAGCAGGGCCCCAGGCUGAGGACACAGCAGCCUCUGCCCCCAAGGUGUCCUGGGCCAUCGCAGCUGAGGACUGGUUGCUCUCUGGAUCCUGGGGGGCCCUCCAGGGGGAGUGUUGACCCAGCCACUGUUGUGUCCCCCUGACGUUCUUGUGACCGUCUGACUUUCUCCCACCUCUUCUGUAAAUAAGUAGUUGUUUCCUAAAUAAAGGGCACA